CCUCCCUCCCUCCCUCCCUCCCUUCAAUCAAUAUCCAACCCUUUUAUUACAGAUCAAAAUCUUCAUCAUCUUCACAAAACACAAAAACUUUGUAAAUUGAUUGAACAAUCUUUGAAAAAUGAGUACAUUAAAAGAGAAAUUUGUAACCCUAUACAAAAGUAGAUGGUUUGUUUUUGUAGGAGCAAUGUGGUUACAAUCAUGGGCUGGUAUAGGAUAUUUAUUUGGAAGCAUAUCACCAGUUAUAAAAAGUUCAUUAAAUUAUAAUCAAAAACAACUUGCUAUGUUAGGUGUUGCAAAAGACCUUGGUGAUUGUGUUGGUUUUUUAACUGGUGUUUUGUGUGAAAUUUUACCUAUUUGGGCUGCGUUAUUUAUUGGAGCUUCUUUGAAUCUUGUUGGUUAUGGCUGGGUUUGGCUUAUUGUUACUAGUAAAGUUCCUGUUCUUCCUUUAUGGGCUAUGUGUAUUCUUAUAUUUGUGGGAACAAACGGUGAAACCUACUUCAACACAGUUUCUUUGGUUUCUUGUGUUCAAAAUUUCCCGAAAAGCCGGGGUCCCGUGGUUGGAAUUCUAAAGGGCUUUGCUGGAUUGAGUGGUGCAAUAUUGACUCAAAUAUAUGCAGUUAUCCAUUCCCCUGAUCACGCAUCAUUAAUAUUCAUGGUUGCUGUUGGUCCAGCAUUGGUAGGAAUAGGUCUUAUGUUCAUUGUUAGACCGGUCGGAGGUCACAAACAAGUGCGGCCGUCGGAUGGAAAAUCUUUCACAUUUGUUUAUGGUGUAUGUCUCUUGUUGGCUGCUUAUUUGAUGGGAGUUAUGGUUGUUCAAGAUUUAGUUGAUCUGAGUGAAACUGUUAUCACAAUUUUUACUAUCAUCCUCUUUCUGAUCCUCAUUGUUCCAAUUAUAAUUCCAUUGUCAUUAACUUUCGGCUCUGCGGAAAAAACUCUAGAGGAAGAAGCACUUCUCCCAGAAACACCAGGACAAUCUCAAAAUUAUUCAGAUGAAGUAAUAUUAAGUGAGUUGGAAGAUGAGAAGCCUAAGGAAGUGGACUUGCUCCCUGCGUCGGAAAGGCAGAAACGUAUAGCGCAAUUACAAUCAAGACUGCUGCAAGCGGCUGCAGAAGGAGCUGUGAGGGUUAAGAGAAGGAGAGGACCACAUAGAGGAGAAGAUUUUACCUUGAUGCAAGCUUUGAUUAAAGCAGAUUUUUGGCUUCUAUUCAUUUCCAUGGUCUUGGGUUCUGGAUCUGGGUUGACUGUAAUUGACAAUCUCGGUCAGAUGAGCCAGUCUUUGGGAUAUGACAAUGCACAUAUUUUCGUCUCCAUGAUCAGUAUUUGGAACUUUCUUGGACGUGUUGGUGGAGGCUACAUAUCUGAGAUUGUUGUCAAGGAUCAUACAUUUCCAAGACCAGCUGCAUUAGCUGUAUUUCAACUAGUUAUGACUGUUGGUCAUCUUUUCAUUGGCAUGGGAUGGCCAGGUUCAAUGUACGUUGGCACUUUAUUAGUUGGACUUGGUUACGGUGCUCAUUGGGCGGUUGUUCCAGCUACAGCCUCUGAAUUAUUUGGCUUAAGAAACUUUGGUGCAUUAUACAAUUUCAUCACUCUAGCAAACCCUGUUGGAACUCUUGUCUUCUCUAGUCUCAUUGCUAGUAGGAUCUAUGAUUAUGAAGCAGAGAAACAAGCUCAUGGUGGCCAACACCUGAAUAUAGCAUCGUUCGUAUCUAGUGCGCUUAAUGUUGGUGAUGCGCCAAAGUGCGAAGGUUCCAUAUGCUUCUUCCUGACAUCCACUAUCAUGGCAGGAUUAUGCAUUGUUGCGGCAGGGUUAAGCAUGUUUCUCGUGUUCCGAACAAGGAUUGUUUAUGCUAGCUUGUAUGGAAAAUCUUCUAUGCGAAGCCUUCGAUGAUCUGUAAUUUUUGGACCAAGUAUUUUGGCGUCCAUUGUUAUACUUUAGAAAGUAUUUGUAGCUGGUUUGAAUCAAAGAAAGGUUAGAGAUGCAGAAGCAAGAAUCUGAAUAUGUUUUGAGUGUGGAAAACCAAAUGGAUUUACCAGCUAGCUGCUUCCACGUGGUUUUGCGAAUUCUUUUCCAAAUAUUUGUGUUAUAUUGGUUCCUUUCUUUGCUAAUAAAGCAGACAAAUUUGACACUAGGAGGUUUCUCCUCUUAUUUUAUAGGGAAAUUCACAGAAUAUCUCCCUUUUGUUACUAUGAAAACUGAAAUUUGUCCUUAUCAGUGGUUAUGCUAAAUUAUGUAUUGUAGCUGAUGAAGCAUUUCAUUGCUGUAAAUGUUCUGCUCUUUUUUGCUAGCAGUUUUUUAUUGUAUUGAUUGAUUAUUUGUUUA